GUGAAAGUUCACGCUCACUUGUGCGAAGUUUAAGUGCCUUCUCAAUUUCUUACUCACUUGAGUCACCUCGACAUUCAUUUCCUUGCUCGUCCCCUUUAAGUCAUUACCAAUGUCUGGUGCAGCAUCUGCGGCCGCAGGGUCGAAAUUCUCCGCAUUCAUGAACCAUCCAGCUGGUCCGAAGACAGUUUUUUUCUGGGCGCCAUUGAUGAAGUGGUGUCUCGUUGCCGCUGGUGUAAAGGACUUGAGUCGGCCAGCAGAUAAACUCAGCAUAUCCCAAAACGUUGCGCUCGCAUGCACAGGUUUUAUCUGGGUGAGAUACUCAGUGGUCAUUACCCCGGUUAACUACAGUUUGGCAGCGGUGAACUUCUUUGUUGGCUCUACCGGUUUAGGGCAGUUGGCUCGGAUCGCAAAUCUCCGAUACAACGGAGAGGCAGUCAAAGCUUGAUUUGUUUCUUUUGAGAGUUUCACUAUGUAUUCAUGCUUUCUUUGCAAUGUCACUUUGGUCGAAGCUCCGCGAAUCGUUCUUAUUCGAAUCAUAUACGCU